CUUCCUUCCUUCCUCAUUCCCUCCCUCCCUCCCUCCCUCCCUCGAUCAGGCAUGACGCGCAGCCGCCAAGAGACCCUGGCCCUGCGGAAGCAGCUCAUUGGAUCCUCCUGUAGGCUUUUUUUCCCAGAAGACCCAGUGAAGAUUGUGAAGGCAAAGAACCAAUAUAUGUAUGAUGAACAUGGAAAUGAAUACCUUGACUGCAUCAACAACGUUGCUCAUGUGGGACACUGCCAUCCAGAGGUGGUCAAAGCAGCACAUCAACAAAAUCUGUUGCUAAAUACAAACUCUCGGUAUCUCCAUGACAAUUUGGUGGAUUAUGCGCAAAGACUUUCUAAGACAUUGCCUGAAAAGCUGUGUAUGUUCUAUUUUUUGAAUUCAGGAUCAGAAGCCAACGAUCUUGCUCUGAGGUUAGCACGGCAGUAUACAAAGCAUGAAGACGUCAUGGUUGUUGAACAUGCUUAUCAUGGACAUUUGACAUCUUUGAUUGACAUAAGUCCAUAUAAAUUCAGAAAUCUCGGAGGCCAAAAGGAAUGGGUCCAUGUGGCUCCUCUUCCUGACAUAUACCGAGGAAUAUAUAGAGAGGACCAUACAGAUCCAGCCUUGGCAUAUGCCAAUGAAGUGAAAACAGUAAUUGACCAAGCACAUGAAAAAGGCAGAAAGUUUGCUGCAUUUUUUAUGGAAUCCUUACCAAGUGUUGCUGGACAAAUCAUUCCACCAUUUGGAUAUUUCCAAAAAGUUGCAGAACACAUACACAAGGCAGGUGGUGUAUUUGUUGCUGAUGAAAUUCAAGUUGGCUUUGGCAGAGUUGGAAAACAUUUUUGGGCAUUUCAACUCCAAGGAGAGGAUUUUAUUCCUGAUAUUGUUACGAUGGGAAAACCAAUUGGUAAUGGACACCCUGUUGCUUGUGUAGCAACAACGAAAGAAAUUGCAGAGGCAUUUUCAUCAACAGGAGUAGAAUAUUUUAACACAUUUGGGGGAAAUCCUGUGUCCUGUGCAAUAGGAAUAACCGUCUUGGAUAUUAUUGAGAAAGAAAGGCUUCAAGCCCAUGCUCUCCAAGUGGGCAGCUUCCUCAUGGACUUACUCAAUCAGCAAAAAGCAAAACACGCUCUCAUUGGUGAUAUCAGAGGUGCUGGCUUAUUUAUUGGAGUAGAUUUGGUACAGAAUCAAGAGAAAAGAUCACCUGCUACCACAGAAGCGGAGUUCAUCAUAACAAGACUGAAGGAAGAAUUCAUUAUGCUGAGUACAGAUGGCCCUGGCAGAAAUGUACUGAAAUUUAAACCACCACUUUGUUUCAAUGCAAGAGAUGCAAAGCUAGUUGUAGAAAAACUUGAUCAGAUACUAUCAGAUUUAGAGAAAGGAAACACCUAGAGAAGUUCAUUUGCAGUACUUCAAAGGAUAAACUUUCAGAUCACAAACAUGGUGCCAUACUCUGUCACAAUUCAAUCCAUUAUAUUUUUGUUAUAAUACAGAUGGUAUUAAAGUAUGCAACCCUGGUGUACAAAUGCAAUGCUUCAGUGAGUGUGGUGAAAGCAAACAUAUCCAGAAAGCACAAGUUGCCACAUUUUUACUUUGCUGUUACAGAGCCUAAAAUAACUUCUGCUUUCCCCUUUAUUACAGAAUUUAGCAUCUUUCAGUCUUAUAUGCAUGUUUUCUUCCCUUCUAAGUCAUUUAGCAAUGAGAUAAAAAAACCUAUUCAACAUCUAAAUGUCAACAUCUGAAAUAUACAGCAACUUGCAGAAUAUUCUACAUUGUAAAGCAUAGCACCUCUGAUAUUGCCAAAAGAAAAUGAAGUUUGUGCUACAACUGAAAGGAGAUCAGAUCCACCUUUUAAUUUUAAAUUGUAGAAAUACCAGCUUUCUUUCCCCUCUGUAUACCCAGAAGUGCUUGAAGAAUGUUAAGCCUCAUAAAGGCUACUUGGAAUUGUCUUGUAGGGCUUGGGAAGAAAGAUUUCCCAUGAUUGUUCCAAAAAGCUCAGGACACUUUGUAUCUCAAUGUGGUAUUGGACAAUAAUUGGUUGUAAUGGACUAAAAUGUAUUGAUCCAUCAAAAUAAUAAGCCCACUGAUAUCCAUGCCAAAAAAAUUAUCCAGGUUUUACUGCCUUUUGAGUUAGGAUGUAGCCAAGUCAAUAUGCACGCACACACCUUAAGUAUAACAGAUUGAGAAUCUAAAGGUGAUACAAAUGCCUUCUUCUAGCAGGCAUGGAAUUCAUCCAAAGUUUAAUACAGUGGUGGGUACUAAGAAGUCCACCUUUCAAAACGAAAAACCCACACAGCUGCAAAAAUUAACUUAUUUUUUAUAUUUUCUCUAGCCAGGUAAUGUUGUCUUGCCUUUGUAUAACAGGAAGAAUAUAUGGUGUAAUCCUAGUACUACCCACAUUUAGUUUUAGGAUUUAUUUUAUAUAUGAUUUUACUUCUGUAUUCUCCUGCCAUAAUUGCACAAAUAUAUUAGACAUUUUAAUUAUCA